AACCCUUGGCAGUUGUAUAAUGUUGGAGCGUCUGCAUUUGGAAGGUAAUGAAUUUCAAGGAACAAUUCCUCAAUCUCUUCAAAAUUUAUCAAGCUUGGAAGAAAUAGAUCUUUCACGCAAUAAUUUAUCUGGGCAGAUUCCUGAAUUUCUAGGCAAGCUUAGUUUUCUUAAGAAUCUCAAUCUUUCUCAUAAUGAUUUUGUGGGUGAAAUUCCUAAAGAUGGGAUCUUUUCAAAUGCAAGUAGUUUCUCAGUUCUUAGAAAUGACAAGCUCUGCGGUGGCAUACCAGAAUUACUUCUGCAUGCAUGCUCCAACAAAAAGCCCCAUUCAUCUCGAGGAGUACUUGUCCCAAAAGAUUGGAGAUUAGGUGUCACUUACUCAGAACUGGUUGAAUCAACUGACGGGUUCUCUGUGGGCAAUCUGAUUGGUUCGGGCAGUUUUGGUUCUGUUUACAAAGGAGUUCUCCCUAGUGAUGGAACGGUAGUUGCUGUUAAGGUAUUAAACCUUCAACAAGAAGGAGCUUCCGAGAGUUUGAUUGAUGAAUGCAAAGCUUUAAAAAGUAUAAGACAUCGUAAUCUUCUCAAUAUCAUAACUGCUUGCUCAACCAUUGAUUAUCAGGGUAACGACUUCAAAAGUCUAGUUAUUGAGUUCAUGAAAAAUGGAAGUCUAGACACGUGGCUGCAUCCAAGAGAUGAUGGGCAAUCUGAAAGCAGCAGAAUGACCCUUAUCUUCAAUAUUGCCAUUGAUGUUGCGUCUGCAUCAGAUUAUCUGCACAAGAAGGGAAGAAUGUUUUAUUCCAUUUAUGUCCUUUUUUGUCUGUUUCAGGACAAACAGAAACAUCUAUGUUUAGCGGUUAUUGUUGGAGUCUCCUCUCCACCUUGUUGAAUGACUAGAAUAACCCU